CAGCCGUAUCGAGUCUUCACAUUCAAGUCUUCGACAUCGACACAUGGACUGACGAUAAUGGUCAAACCCGUGUCUAUCCUGGUUACAGGCUUCGGUCCUUUUGAUGAAGCUGGAGCCGGCAACCUCUCAUACUCGAUUGUGACAACGUUACCCAAAUUCCUACCCACGACCCCUUCAAGCCAGGUCUCCGUGCGCAUUGUCGUGCAUCCCUACGAUAUACCCGUCAUAUACAACGAGGUCCGGUCACUCGUACCGCACCUUUACGAUGCUUACAGCCACGACGUCGAUAUUUGGCUGCACUUUGGCAUGCGCCCAGGACAGAACUCGUACUCGAUGGAGCUAGUCAGCCGUCGCGAUGGCUAUGACCGGGACAAAGACAUCACAGGCCACAAGCUCCCAGAGAACGAGUCCGAUACAUUCUUUCGGGGCUGUCCCGAGUCUCUGGGCUCUACGCUUGAUACGCAAGAUGUCUUCAAUCGUUGGCGCUCCAAGCUGCUCGAUGCGCCAGAGAUUUCACCAGAGCUUGGUAGUGUGCGCAUCCGCCAAAGUCGCGAACCCGGACAUUUCAUUUGCGACUUCCUCUACUACUCGGUCCUUGCUGAACACUGGAGGAGAAAGAAUGGUGUUGCUGGUGGCCCGCGUCCGCCAGGUUUGCUGCCUGUUAUGUUUUUGAAUGUCCCGACGGAGAACAGCGUUGAACAAUUGCGAAGAGCCAGGCAUGUCACAAUCUGCCUCAUGCAAGCUCUAGCCGAGAGCUGGACGGCGAAAAGAGAUGGAAUGGAAGAUGUGUCGAAAGCAUAA